UAUUAUAUACUUUAAAUCUCUAUUCAUUAAUUCUUUGAAGAGAUAAAACGUAGAGCUAAUUCAGCAUUCAACGGAGUUGAUGGCUUUCGAUAAAAUGGUUUCGCGGCCCACCACUAGCCUAGUAUCUGCGUUGUUUCGGUAUAUCCGCAAUGCAGGCGUGCCUAAGCAUUUUAAGCUCAUAGUGAGUGUGGCUGUGAUAUUUCUGGAUAAAACCUAAUUCUUAAAAUAAAGGCUGAAAAUGGAUAGUAACAGUUCAGAAGAUUCCUGUGUAUCAGAAUAUUCAACAGAAUCAUCAGAUGAAGAUGGAAUGGAAGUAGCUCAAAUAAAUGGUGCAAAGCUACUUCUGCCCCAAGGUUUAUGUGAUAAAGAAGAUGUUUUCAAAGAAUUCUUUUCCCCCAACUUAUGGAACUCCUUAUCUAAUGAAAAUAAAACUCAUCUCAAAGCUUUCUUGCCCAAGUUCCCAGAAAACGAUGAAGAGGAAAAGAACAUUACAUUGGAAAGAUUAUUCAAAUUUGAAAAAUUCAAAUUCAAUAGUCCUCUUCAACAAUUUCAUGAGAAUCUUAAAGCAGGAUACUUUAGGCCGGAUAUUGCUAGAAUGAGAAAUAUGAUUCGGAAAGCAGAACAUAAAGAAGCAAAAUAUAGGUACAAGAAUCAUAAAGAACUGUUAAAAAAUUCUGUCUUGGAGUCCAGAAGAAAUUUACUGAAUCAAUUGAGAAACCUACCACCAGGCUCUGAACCUAAAGUAAAUAAGGUGGAUCUAACAAAUUCAGAUAUUAUAAGGCAUAGGACUAAGCGAAGAUAUUUUCAAAUAUUGUCAUCUAUAAGAGCAAAGACAGAGGAAGUUUGUUCUUCUGAUGAAAAUUAUUUAGAAACUACAGUUUCUAUUUCAAGAAAACAGAAGAGAUUUUUGAAUGGCAUAAAAAACUCUUUGCCAAAUACUUCGGAACAGAAGUUUUUCUGUAGUUUCACAGGAACUAGUAGUAUUAAUGAUUUAGAAAGGUAUAUAACUCCAAAUACAAAUCCAUUCUACAUAAAUGAAGAUGCCUAUAGGAAUAUUUUGAGGAAACAUAAGAAAAGAAAACAAGAGGACACUGAAAAUCCAGAAUUCAAUACUAGGAGCAUCACCCUUCAAGAAGUGAUACAAAGGACUCAAUUACCUUAUUUGAAAAUAGUGAAAGUUCCCCCAUCAAAAAUUAGUGCUAGUGAUCAAAGACCUCCUAGCAGAAAAAAAAUUAAAAGGGAUUCUAGUUACUUUAAUCAUGUACGGAAUAUUCAUCCACCUGUGACUUCUAAUAGUGAAAAUGAAAGUGAUUCGGAUUCAGUUAUUGAUGCAGUAUCUGUUCAGCAAGUGAAACAAAUUAAAACUGAAAGUACAUCAAUCAAAACUCCGAGAGUACCCCCAAUCAAAUCUGUGAAAGUAGAAGUGAAAAAAGAACCAGAAGAAAUGACAGUUGUACCUGUAUCUCAGGAAGUUGUAACUUCUAGCUCAAGUGUUAUAAAUUCUAUAAGUAACUUCUCGCAAUAUGGUAAAAUAAUGCCUGUUACUUUGUCAGAUCUAGAAGGAAUUGAUAUGAUGAAUUUGCCAAUUGAUUUAGAUAACUCGGAGAUUGAUCUUCUGGAUAUGAAUAAUAAGCCAGAGUUGAUGCAAGAAACACAUUCAAAUUUUUUGUCACUUAUCAGAGACAUUAUCUGUUCAACACCCGAACAUAGAAUGGACUUCCAAGUAUUAGAGAAGAGGUUGCAGACAUGGCAGGAAAGUCCAAUCAGUCCGUUGAAUGAUUGGUAUCCCCUUUGUGAGAGUUGGGUUGGAGUGUUGAAAUCGGCUGUUAAUUUUUUAUGUGGUAACACUUCAGAUGUGCCAAAUGAUUUUGUUCCAUAUUUGGAGUACAAACAACAAAUUGAUGCAUAUCAGUGGAUUGGGGCUGGUAGAGAUAGUGAUAGUUUAUUGGCACCUUUAUGUAAAUUUUGGCUGGAACAUCGGGACGAUUCCAGUACUGUGAAGGUGAAAGAAGAGAUAGAAGUGGAACUCAGUGAUAGAGCCCAAACACCACCUCCUCCAAGAUGUCCAACCAACUGGACAAUAAGGAAAGCCACCCAAGAAGAAGUCGAAAGGUUCCAAGAGCAGGAAAAAAGACGAUAUGAGAAUCCUCACAAAGCAUUUACCUAUUGCUGUAAUGGUUAUGAAUCGGUUGUUGCUCCUUUAAAGGGAAUAUACAAUCCAGCGGUUGGUAAUGCUAAGGCCAGAGGACACUCAAUUUUGACUGCAGAUCGACCAAACUUUGUAACAAUUCUAUCUCUGGUGAGAGAUGCUACUGCAAGAUUACCAAAUGGUGAAGGUACAAGGGGAGACAUAGUUGAGCUAUUAAAACAGUCCCAAUAUAUAAGUGCAAUGGCUACGGAUAGUGUUUUACAAACAGUCGUAAGUGGGGCGUUGGAUAGAAUGCAUACGCAAUUCGAUCCAUGUGUAAAAUAUGACACCAAAAGGAAGAUCUGGAUAUAUCUUCACAGAAAUAGGUCGGAGGAAGAUUUCGAGAAAAUCCAUCACCUACAAAGUGCAACGAAGACCCCCAAAAAGCCGCCCCGAAGAUCUCCAGCUAAACCCAAAGUCAAACAAACUAAUGAUAAAGUGAAACAGUCCAAGGAAAACAAUAGUUUGUCGUUGGAAAGUAUAACGGAAAAAAUUAAAAUUUCGAAAAAACCUAUCCAGACCAACACUGUCGCUCUCUCGUCCCCUAGUUUAUCAAGCUCAAAAUCGAAUUCGCUCCUUAUAAGCAACAAUAUACACCAACGAGAACCAUCACCUCCUACCAUACAGAUAUUGGAGAAUAUACCAGCAUCACCGUCACAAUCUCAAGAAGACCCAGAAAUAAGCCAAGCACUGCAAGCUAUUGUGGAUGGCCAUAUUCCCAGUCCGAAAUUGAAUAAAUCGAAAGCAAUGGUUAGGAUUUUGUCCCCUUCCCAGAGUAAAUCAUUAAUUUCACCUUCCGCUUCUGUGAUUAAGCAAGAAAAAAUGUUAUCCAAGCAGGCUAACGAACAAAUAGUUACGCAGCAGCUGAUUCAGAUGAGUGGAAAUCAAAAACAGACGAUACAGGUGAUUCAAACUCAGAGCACAGAUGAUGACAAAAAAUCGAAAUUAUUAACGACUUCACAACCGCAACAAAUCUUACAGAAUGUAACAGCCCAGCAGCUACAAAACAUAAAGAAUAUAACGUUGUUAAGAAAUAAUUCCCCAAUUCAGAAUAUCGAUUUGUCAUCGACAAUUUUAACGUCCACAUCAAGCGAUAGUAAUGAAGUGAAAAGUAUAACUGUUACUGUUAGUAAACCUACGUCAUUGACGGAACAGAUGGUCCAGCCUGGUAUUCAAAUAAAAACGCCAAACAACCUCACGCCCGCCCAGCAGCAACAAAUUCUCCAAACAAUAAAACAGAAAAUUUUACCCCAGACUGUAAUCGCAUCGCAGCAGCAGCAGCUGCUUCUGAAGCAGAAAUUGGUUCAAAAACAAGGGCAGAGUACUGCACCAGGUAUCUCGUUGCUUGGGCCAGCUAAAAUGAGUACAGGUAAGAAAUAUACAACUACAUCAAAAUCGGGAAUGGUUUCUAAUCAAACACCAGUGGUAGCCAAAGUAUUAACAAAUGCAGCGGGCCAAGUAAUUUCUGUAGAGAAUUUACUAGCUCAUCAAAAACAACAUGGAUCGUUACCACAAGGAACUACUUUGAGGGUAUCGGGUACCAAAGGAGGACAGCCAAAUAUCAUUCACCUUACAGGCACGUCAAAGCAGAACACGAUAGCUCAAUUCGCAGUUGCAUCACAAAGUAAUCUAAUAGCUUUAACGACUCAACCCAAACUAGUUGUGGCUUCUCCUACCACAUCAACAGUUACUUCCACCAUAACAUCAAAUAAAUCGAAUAACCGUGAAAGGAUCAGAGGAACGCAGCUCACUAAAUUGCCACCAAAAGUAACACAACAAUUAAUUAACGCGAAAAUUAUUCAAAAUAUCGAAGGACAAAAAGUUGUACAACCGAAAUUGAUUGUUGGGCAAGGAGCCCAGUUGAAAUUAACUUCCAGUGGGAAAAACGUCUCUAUACAGAAACCAACACUGAAUAUAGGCGCAAACUCGAAUGCAAUAAGGAUGGUGAACACGGCAAACUUGAAUCUAACGCAUAUAGGUGGAAAGCCAGUGUUGUUUGCUAGUAAAGGAGCUACGAUACAAAACAUUCAGGGUCAAAAUGUAAUAUUACAAACGCAGCCAGGCUCGUCCGGUCCGUCUCUGGUCCUUCAAAAUAGCAAAACUUUCCAAUCUUCCACCGUUCCUAAGAGUUCGAAUAAUAUCAAUAUAAUAAAUCAACAGAAUGUUGUUUUGGGGUCUCAAGUGAAAAUGCAGCAGCCGCAAGUGGUAUUCAAGAAUAAUGCGAUGAAUCAAGUAACGCAAAGUCAUAUAGUUUUGGGUGGCCAGCCAGUGAGGUUGCACACCAGUACAACCCCCACAACACAGAGAUUGGUGUUAGCUAGUCAGGGACAAGGAGGACAAAUAGUUGCACAGCAGAUUCUCCUUCCUGCUGGCUUCCAAGGUACUGCUAUCAAUAUUAAGGCCCUCCAAGGAGUCAAGGUUAUUCCCAUUGCCCAAGCUCACAGUCAGAAUAGAAAUCUUCAAGGUAGGCAAGUAUUUGCUCGAGUGGUGAGUCCCACAAUAAAUACAAAAACCCAGCAAAGUACAAAUACAAAUGAAAAGCAAGAAGAGUCCAAUUCUCAAGAUGAAGUGUAAAUAUGGAAGUAUGAACUAUGAGAAAUAUAAUUUUAUUUCAAUUAAAAUUGUAAAUAGUACUAAUAUUUAGAUGUUUUAAUUUGUGAUGUAAUUAAAUGCAAUGAUUUUAAUGAAGUUUCAAGUUAACUUAAUUUAUGAAUGUAAUGUCUAUUAAAUGCAAAAAGAACAUUCAGUUGAAGCAAAUAUGUGACUAUCCUUUUGUUACAUAAAUCGGAGUUUUUAGCUA